AUGAUUAGAAAACUUUUUAUUGUCCUGCUUUUGUCGUCUGUGACUCUUGGAGAAGCAAGGAAAUCGUUUCUCAGUUUUCUGAACAUAGGAAAGACUGAAACACUAUUUUUCACGAAGACUGAAGAAACCAUCGUUGUAAGGUCAAGUUACAGAGAUAAACAACCAAACUCGAGCUACCUCUUUGUGCAACUAGAAGAUCCUAAAAUGCUCCAAGUGGUGAAUGUCACUAAGACCUUAUCGGAUGUUACAAACUUUACCAUAAACCUGGUGACAGAUGAAGACGGAGAGACAAAUCUGACCAUUCAACUGUGGGAUUCUGAAGGUAAGCAAGAAAGACUCAUUGAAGAAAUAAAGGAUGUCAAAGUCAGAGUCCUCAAACAAAGACAAGGCAAUGUUUCCCAGGCAUCAAACCCUACUGAUAGAAAUAUCCUAAUGGUUUUUCUAUCAAUGAUACUGUUAAAUAAAUGUGCGUUUGGUUGCAAGAUUAAAUUACAGGUGUUUGAAACAGUAUGGAAGAGACCUUUGCCAAUAAUUCUGGGGGCAGUUCUACAGUUUUUUCUUAUGCCAUUUUGUGGAUUCCUUUUGACGCAGAUUUUGGCAUUGCCUGAAGCACAGGCUUUUGGAUUUGUAAUGACCUGCACGUGCCCAGGAGGGGGUGGGGGCUAUCUCUUUGCUCUGCUUCUAGAAGGAGAUGUCACUUUGGCCAUUUUGAUGACUUGCACAUCAACGUUACUGGCCCUGAUAACAAUGCCUAUCAAUUCGUACAUAUACAGUAGGAUGUUAGGGUUAUCAGGUACACUGCACAUUCCUGUUUCUAAAAUUAUGUCAACACUCCUUUUCAUACUUAUACCUACAUCAGUGGGAAUAAUCAUCAAGCGUAGACUACCUGAAAAAGCAAACAUCCUGGAGAGGAUCAUUAGACCUCUGAGUUUUAUUUUAAUGUUUGCAGGGAUUUAUUUGACUUACCGAAUGGGAUUAACGUUUCUAAAAACAGUGAACCUAGAGGUGCUUCUAUUGAGUGUCUUAGUUCCUGCUUUGGGUUUGUCGUUUGGGUACUUUUUUGCCAAAAUUUCUAUGCUUCCUCUUCCUGUUUGUAAAACUGUUGCUAUUGAAGGUGGGUUACUGAAUAGCUUCUUAGCCCUUGCCAUCAUUCAGCUUUCUUUUUCACAGUCCAAUGCAGACUUAGCUUCUGUGGCUCCUUUUACAGUGGCCAUGUGUUCUGGAUGUGAAAUGUUACUGAUCCUUUUGUUCUACAAGGCUAAGAAAAGAUGUAUCCUUAUCAUAGAAGAGAAAAGAAAGAAAAAUCCCCCGGUCUAA